GACAUUUCAGCAUGGAGGUGUGGAAAAGCUAGAACUUCAGUCCUGAAGGUGUGGAUCUAUCAGGAGACGGAGAACGCAAAGCUUUCAAGGAGUGUGGACUCGUUUACAGUCGCAGGAGAUGGGUGAGACGGAGGAUGAGCGAACGGCUCAGGCCAGUCAGCUCUUUGAGAACUUCGUCCAGGCCUCGACAUGUAAAGGAACCCUGCAGGCCUUCAGCAUCCUCUGCAGGCAGCUCCAGCUGGAUCCUUUGGACCACUGCAACUUCUACAGUUCCCUUAAGGCGGCCGUCAGCUCCUGGAAAGUCAAAGCCUUGUGGACAAAAUUGGACAAACGGGCAGAGCAGAAAGUUUACAAUCAGAAUAAAGCCUGCACAGGAACAAGGUGUCUGAUCAUCGGCAGCGGGCCCUGCGGUCUGCGGACGGCCAUCGAGUUGGCUCUGCUGGGCUGCAAAGUGGUGGUGAUCGAGAAGAGGGACACCUUCUCCAGAAACAACGUGCUCCACCUCUGGCCCUACACCAUCCACGACCUCAGGGCGCUGGGGGCCAAGAAGUUCUAUGGGAAGUUCUGCGCCGGUGCCAUCGACCAUAUCAGUAUUCGCCAGCUGCAGCUGAUGCUGCUGAAAGUCAGCCUCAUCCUGGGAGUGGAGAUUCAUGUCAACGUGGAGUUUGUUCAACUGCUGGAGCCUCCAGAGCAGCAAAAUGAAGAUGGUCCUGGGUGGCGAGCAGAACUCCGGCCAUCCAAUCAUCCGGUCUCCGAGUUCGACUUUGAUGUGGUGAUUGGAGCAGACGGCCGCAGAAGCACUUUAGAUGAUUAUUUCCUAUUAAUGAGUGGGUCUGUUUCUGUGGCUCAGUCUGAGAAACGGCAUGUGGACUACAUGGAAACUGAGCGACUGCUGAGUUCUGACAACGUUAACCAGGAGGCAUUGCUGUCCUACGCACGUGAGGCUGCUGACUUUGGCACCAACUACCAGCUCCCCUCCCUGGACUACGCCAUCAACCACUACGGACAGCCAGAUGUAGCCAUGUUCGACUUCACCUGCAUGUACGCAUCAGAGAACGCCGCCCUGAUUAGGGAGAAACACGGACAUCAGUUACUGGUUGCACUGGUGGGAGAUAGCCUUCUGGAGCCUUUCUGGCCCAUGGGAACGGGUUGUGCUCGGGGAUUUCUGGCUGCCUUCGACACUGCUUGGAUGGUGAGGGGCUGGGCACAGGGAAAGAGCCCCCUGGAAACACUGGCAGAAAGGGAAAGUAUUUAUCGUCUGCUGCCUCAGACGACUCCAGAAAACAUCAGUAAGAACUUUGAUCAGUACACCAUCGAUCCUGCUACUCGCUACCCCAACCUCAACUCCAGCUGUGUACGGCCACAACAGGUACGUCACUUAUUCAUUGAUGGUAAUUCAGGUGUGGUGGAAAAAGGAGGGCUUUCACGAAGAUCAGUCAACCUCUCCAGAAAAGAGUCCGAGGUACGGCCCGGCAGGCUCCUGACCUGGAGUCAGACCCAAACUCAGGGAUACAGAGCAGUGGAUGUCACCGACCUCACGUCGUCCUGGAGGAGCGGCCUGGCCCUGUGUGCUCUCAUUCACCGCCAGAGGCCUGAACUCAUUGACUUUGACUCCCUGAACGAGGAGGAUGUGGCGAAGAACAACCAGCUGGCGUUCGAUGUGGCUGAGCGAGAGUUCGGCAUCCAGCCAGUGACCACAGGGAAGGAAAUGGCUGCGAGAGGCGAACCAGACAAGCUGCUGAUGGUCCUCUACCUCUCCAAAUUCUUCGAGGCCUUCAGGAAGUCAUCGUUGAACAAUAAUGUUUCAAAGGAACCAAAUAAAAACGGGGAGCAAUGUCCACCUAAAGCCAACCACAGACAGCUGAACCUGCCUCAGCCCAGGAAGAGAGUACCCAGGGAUGAGAAGAAAGAGGAGGAGGAUUCUGUCAACAAAAGGCGACGGAGAGGAAGCAGCUACCUUACUGAGUUGUCCUGCCAGAGUGCGCCACCUGCUGGUGAAGAUGGAGAGCUACGGGAGAACAAGGUCCGCUCCAUGGCCACUCAGCUGCUCGCCAAAUUUGAGGAGAACUCUUCAGUGGGGAAGGCGCCCACCAAGUCUGAGGAUUCCUCUAGUCCUCCUCCUUCUCCUCCUCCUCCUCAGUCCCCUUCCACCACCUCUUCAUAUUCUGAUGAAGAGGAGGAAGAGGAGGAGGAAGAAAACCCCCGUUUUGCUAAACCCAAAGCUACCCCUCCUCUUUCUCCUCUUCCUCCAUCUCGUUCCAGAUGGCAGCCUUCGAUCUACCUUCGGUUGCUGGAGAAUCCCAGCUGUGUUUCUCAGCAGAGCGGUUUCCUCUCUACUAACGGUUUACCUCUGAAUCCAAACACUCGCAGUCAUUCUCCACCAUCCUCUGACGCUCAGAGCUCAGUAAACGCUCAUGGCUCUGAAGGUUAUCACACAGAAAGCUCCCAUCCCGACUCCCCAACAUGUCCUGAUUCAGGUUCUGCUCCCUCCGCCUCAGAAGCAGAUCCGUCCUCUGAUUCGCGUGCGAAGCAGAAUAAAAACCAGAGGUUGUCGACCAGAGAAUUUUCCCGGAGGAGCAUAAAAGACAGAGCUGUCCUCUUGUCCACCAUGUUUCAUGGGUCCAACAAACCGCCUGCUUCUCUCACUGUUUCUCAGGUGGAACCGUCUACCUUCUCCUCUCCUUCCUCGCCCUCUCCUCCUCCUCUGUCUCCAUCUAAAAGCUCCGCCAUGUUCCCUGCGGUCCACCCUGUUCCUGAUCCCACCGCUCAGCCUGGUUUCUCUGCUCCUCCAAACACCUCUGAACCUAAAGAGCUCCCCUCUCCUCAGCUCUGCUCCCAAUCUGAAAAAACAGAGCAAAGCUCUUCUUCUCCCCCUGAUUCCUUUACAUCAAGUGACGAAACGUGUUCUUCUAUCUCUGCACCCUGCAUUAAUCCUAAUCUGAAUAUAUUCACUAAUCUUAAAAGAAUAAGCGAAGGUUCCCAGAGGAAAACUGAGCAACAGAGGGCUCAUGGAGAUGAUUUCAAAAAGGCUGAAAAGGAUCCUGCUAAGUCUGUCACCAGUGAUGGUGAGAGCCCCAGGAGAAAUCCUCCUAAAUCCCUAGUCCGCUCUGACAGCUGUCCCUCUGGAGCUCCUAGUUACAGUAAGGAGAGAGUAGUGGGAAAAGUAUCAUCAGCAAUAAAUGCAAAAGCUCAGAUACUGGCCGUCCUUUAUGAGACAGACCACAGGCCCAAUGCGCCGCCGUGCGUGCUGCGUAAGGAUUUCCCUCCUGGACUCGGCGGCAGCGACAUCUGCCACUUUUGCUCCAAGCGGGUGUAUGUGAUGGAGAGACUGAGCGCUGACGGCUACUUCUUCCAUCGAGAGUGCUUCCGCUGUGACGUCUGUAACUGCACCCUCCGUCUGGGUGGACACGCCUUUGACUCGCAGGAAGGAAAGUUUUACUGCAAAAUUCAUUACAUCCAGCAUCAAUACAGCUCUAACUGGGGCAGGAACAGAAGAACGACGGAAGUCCUAAAUCCCCUGAACCCCUCAGCUAUGGACAGCGGGAUCUGUUCAGCCACGGGCGGCGUCCAACCCGCAGGUGAGGCAUCCAGCAUGCCGUCAGAGCAGCUGAGAAAAGUUCAGAAAAGGUUACCUGAAGAUGCAGAAAUGGCUGUUGAUGCUCUGGAUGCUCCCUGCUUAGUAAAACCUACAAACGAAGAAGAUGCUGCAGCCAGAAGUCAGAUGCAGGACGGCGGCAAAGGUCACUCUAACACAAAACAAAAUAAUAGAUGGAAGCGAAAGAUUCGUGCAACUUUCCCUCUGAUCUUCAUCAAGCAUUUCCGCUCACGACCGGAAACUGUUCCUGAAGCUGAUUCUGACUUUGAGGAAGUCACUUCAACUAAAACAGGAAAGGAGCCAAAAACCUCCGAUGUACAGAAUCUUUCUGAGGGAAAGAAGACGAAUGAAAAGCCAUCAGCUGCAAUAAAGUCAGUCUCCAGCACAAAGAAGCGUUUGUUUUUAUCCCAGUCUGAUAAAGAGAAGCUUCUGAAUUGGGAAGAGUCCCUGAAACAACAGGAAACUCCCGUUAACAACAGCACAACAAACACUACACAAGAAAAAGACAAGGUACAAGCAGAUGCAGAUAAGCUUCAGACAAACACAAGCCAGAUCGGAACAGCCUGCGCCAGCCAAACGUCUGCAUCUUCUUCCUCUGCUAUCCAGGUCAUAGCUAAUGCCUUCAGGAGAACCUUUAGUGGAGGCAGUCAGCCUAGCAGCUCCAAGACUGCAGUUGUAAUGAGACCUAAAGAUGACGUCCCACGUAGACCGAGGCCCAUGUCUGAAGGAGCAUUUAGCUUCAGCUCACUUUUCAGUCCUGCAGAGUCAUCAACAGCAGAGAAGAGGACAAGCAUGCAUGAUAUCAAAUGGGCGUCUGUGGGAGCAGACCCAUGGGGGGAGGGGCAAAACCUACCUACCUUAUUGGAGCAAGUGUCCCUGAAAAGUCGGAGAGACUCUGAAGGGGUGUCAGGGGAGCUUUGUUCACUGCCCCGUAAAAGGGUAGAUUUAUUCUCAUCUCUUAGGCUCAGAAAGAAGGGCCUAUUGGACGGUGAAAGGAAGGGACAAGAAGCUCAAAAGGAAAUAAAGACUUUUCUGUCCAACCUACGAAAUAAAGCUUCAAGUCAGCAGAGUUUGGAAAAGCUUUCAUCAAGCGAUGAUGAUGAAAGUGAAAAGCUGACAUCCAACAAGCUAUCCUCUGAGAGACUAAGGAAAAAGCAGGAAAAGACGGUGGCCCAGCAGGCUAAACGAGAACAGUUGAAGAGGCUUCAUCGAGCUCAGGUGAUCCAGAGACAACUGGAGGAAGUGGAAGAGAAACAGCGGGAUCUAGAGGAAAGAGGAGUGACAAUAGAGAAGAUCAUUAGAGGGGAAGACUCCCAUCGCACAGAGGAACUUGACGACACCGAGCUCUAUCAAGCCUGGUUUAAGCUUGUUCUGGAAAAGAAUAGGUUGGCACGCUACGAGUCAGAGCUCAUGAUCUUUGCCCAGGAGCUUGCGUUGGAAGACACCCAAAGCCGGCUGCAGCAGGAUCUAAGACGCAGAAUGGCAAUUGAAGAUACAGAUAAGAGUGCUUCUGAGCUCCAAGAGGAGAAGGAGAUCCUGGUUGAGAUCAUGAGGACGGUGGAGAAACGGGAUCUGCUAGUCUCCAUAUUGGAUGAGCAGAGGUUGAAGGAGAGGGCCGAGGACAAGGACCUGGAAAGCCUGGUUUUGUCCAGGGGCUACGAGUUUCACUGGGCUUGAGGGAGCAGCAUCCUGGGGCAGGAGAAGCUGGAAUGAGCUCUGGUUGUGGAUACGUUCAGCAAAACCGUUUGCUUUCUAAUUGGCCUAUUUUAAGUUGGUGUAGAUGCACAUUUUUUGAUAGCUGAAGCCUUUAUUUACCCUAAUAAAGCUUAUUUUUAUUUGGCCUUGGGUUGGUAUACUUUAUGUAGAAUCCAACAAGGAACAAAAGGGCUUCAGAUAAAAAACUAUAUAUAUUCAAUAACUGAGGUUGUUGAAUAUUUGCGAUUUGAUUUAAAACUUACAAUAAACUCAGAUACUUUAUUGUGGCCGCUUGCAAACCUGAACGCUUUGGGCUGCUUCCAGUUCUAAGACCGUUCCUUUUGUGUUUGACCAAUUACUGGUAAACUUUACCUGGCGAGGACAACACUGGAGACUUUUCUGAGGUUUAUGUACGUUUUGCACAGAGUGAACUGAUUUAAAUCAAAGUGUUGAUUCCAAAAGAUGCCUUGUAUGUAAAAAUCACUGUUUGUUACUUUGCGUGGAGCUGUGCGUCUCACUGUUAUUUCUUGUCCAUCCUUGAUAUUUUGUUUAAAGUAUUUGCAACCUGACAAAGAAACAAGAGUUAGGAUUCCUGCCUGAACUUCUGGCUUACUCUCAGGGUAUAAAAUAGAUGCUCCACCGGUGGGCCAUCUACCAAAUCAGAGCCCACCAACCCACUGCAGAUGCAGCACAUGUUCACAAAAUCCAGAUGUUCACUGUUUUCUCUUUCUGCUCCACAGUGAAUGUUUACUCCUUCCGCCACUCGCUUUUUGUCUGACACUGAAGAGCUUCAUGUCUAUAUAUCAGCAUUUAUGAUAAUGAGUGAUAUGUUUACAUUUUUUUUUUGUCAUG